AUGAGCAGUGAAGAACUCGGUCCUGAGUUCUUCCUGCUCCCUCCUCGGCUGCAGGUCGAACACCCUCCCUUCUGGUGGAUCGACGAAGAAGAGAUCGAGGAAGAGGAAGAAGUGGAGGAGAGGUGGUACGAGAGUGAUGAGGUCGUCGAGUGGAGCGAUGGCGAAGAGCCAACCACAGGAACCACGGGGGUGCACACCGGCAUGCGUAGACCAUCUGCGCAUACUGCUGAACCCCGUGGUCCUGUGGCAAAUCUCACAGCACGCACAUUCGAUCUAACCGACAUCCAAGAGACAAGUGAUGCAGAUCUGAGAGGAAUCCGCCAGGAGCUUGGCCGCCUGAGGUGCGACAGAGGCUUUGGCCCAUGGGAGAACAAGGUCACGCAUGGACAGAUCACGUCAAUGGCCAUACAUCCCACCGAAACAAAGGCGUUGAUCUAUGCAGGUGACAAUGAUGGCCAUCUAGCCUUCUUCGAAUCCCCAGGCCAGACAAUGGAGCUUGGGUAUCCUAGCCCAAUUGUCGAUCUGUACAAACCUCACAAUGAUACCAUCUGGUGUACCAAGAUCCACCCCGGAAAGCCAACCAGUGUCUUCACAGCAAGUCAGGACGGAACCAUCCAAGAGUUUGAUAUCGAAACCCAGCUCUCAUACAAGAGAUUCUGGCCACUCCGCAGACAACAAAUUGGAGGCGUCACCUGGCUUGAUAUGGCUCCCACAGAGACCAAUACUCUUUACUGGACGGAGGCUCGUGGUUUCUCAGAGAGUGAAGGCUACCUUUGCAUGUACGACAUGAGAACACCUCGCAAUCACACUCCUGAAUGGAAUAUCGGCUACUACACACCGAUGACUGCAUGCAGUUUGUACCCUCCAGAAGCGUAUUACUUUGCCACUGCCAGUGGCCGCCUCUACACGGAAGUAUGGGAUCUUCGUCGAAUGGAUACCCCCACACCGCACCCUGUUGCACAGCGCUCCGCCCCAUUGGGUGUCGAUCAUGUAUCUUUCAAUACUGAGGGUCAACUCGUCACGUCUUCUCACGAGAACAAACUGAGAGUCUAUGACUUCAAAUCCUUUUUCAGUGAAGAGCAACCCCCUAACAGAGCUCGAUCACCCUUCGACGAUGGAACCCCAGCCCCACCAACCUUCCUACCCAGCACCGUGAUUGAGCAUAGCUUCCAAUUCUCUGAUGUGUCUAAAAGAAUGAUGCGCUGUGUUCGUCCCCAUUGGCAUCCCACUCCCCAAUAUGGUGGCCAGAAGUUCUGUAUUCCAAACAGAGAUGGCUUCGUUGACAUCUUUAACGCAAAGGGUGACCAUCUUGCUCAGCUUGGUGGCUACGGCAUUAGCGAUAUCCCUCUCGUUUCGGUCUUUCACCCAACCAAUAAUUGGGUUGCAGGCGGUACCUCCCAUGGAGAGAUUGUCUUGUGGACGUAG